AUGUGGAAUGUUGAUGUUGAGAAGGAGUGUGGUUUCGGCGCCGAAACCAUCCAAAGCACCAACAUCUCGGCACCGAAACUGCUUGCCACCACCCACGACCUCAAGCUCUAUGUAAACCUUCCUUUUCUCGCGUUUGUACUGAGGUUUUCUCCCACGACACAGUACACAUCUCUUAUGUCUUCAAUUCAAACCCCACUCGAAAUGUCUCCAUCCCAACAACCUGUCAUCGUGGUCGGCGCCAGCCUCGUCGGGCUAUCGGCAGCCCUAUGCUUGGCCUCAUACCAAGUACCAACCAUCGUCCUUGAGAAACACGAAGGAAUCUCCAAGCACCCACGCGCGAUCGGCUUCACAGCCCGAACCAUGGAGAUCUAUCGUUCGCUCGGCAUCGAAAACAAGAAUCCUGCGCCGGAAGACUUCGUCCUCGAGCGCGCCCACGUCGAAAGCAUAACCGGCAAAUGGCACGACAAUUCGUCUUGGUCCGAUACCGAGAGAAAACAAAAGUCAAACGACCAAAAGCAACAAAAGAAAAAGACACAGUCUACUCCCAAGAAAGAAUUCUCGGUUGAACGAGGCUCCGCCAUCCCCCAGGAUAAAUUGGAGCCUAUGCUGGAAGCACUCGCCCUCGAGCGAGGCGCUGAUAUCCGCCGUCAACACAGAGUCGUGUCCGUUGCACAGGAUGAAGAGGGCGUGACUGUUACUGUUGAAUACAAGGGGAUGCAGCAGCAAAUCCACGGUUCAUACCUCAUUGCAGCGGAUGGCAAUCGCAGUACCAUCCGAGAACUCCACCAGAUUCCACGUCACGGCCGUGGAUUCAUGCAAACACUGCACAGCGUGCUAUUUCGCGCGCCGCUAGACCAAUGGACAAAAGGAAUUGUCCAAUUCGACAUCGACCAGCCUGACCUCAAAGCCUUCCUCGCAUCCUACAGCGAUGGACGCUGGGCACUAAUGUUCAAAGACGAUAUCGAGCGCGACAGCGAAGCCCUCCAAAGAGCUAUCUACCAGGCCAUCGGAAGAUCCGACUUCCCCAUUGAGAUCAUUACAAUCGGUCAAUGGGAGUUGACCGCUCUCGUCGCUGAUACUUUCCUCUCCGGUCGAAUUUUUCUCGCUGGUGAUGCCGCGCAUACUCUACCACCCAAUCGAGGCGGGUACGGCGCGAACACGGGUAUCCACGAUGUACACAAUCUUGCCUGGAAGCUUGCGGCAGUUCUAUCUGGGAAGUCAUCUGCGGAGCUUCUGGAUACUUAUGAUUCCGAGCGGCGACCGGUCGCGUUGCUGCGACAUGAUCAGAUCUUCGUGCGGGCUGAUUACAAGGUCCAUCUUGAUACGGCCACGCCUGCUGGUGAAAAGAUCGAUGAUGAUGCGAUGGAAUUUGGACAGCUUUAUCUUUCCAUGGGGAUUGUUGGAGCUUAUGAGUGUCUACCUCGUGCUAUGAGGCCUGAUGAGUGGAAGGGCCAGCCUGGGACCCAUUUCCGCAUAUCUGGCGAGUGGUCUGAUGCCGCUGCUAAGUUAAGGGAAUCCUCUCCUGUUGUUCUCAACUCUCUCUGCAUCGGGGGCGAUGUACAGCUGCUCCAGCAAGGAGAUUUCCAGGGCUGGUUUGGAGUUUCUUCGACUGGGGCUGCUCUCAUCCGUCCUGAUGGGUAUAUUGCUUGGCGGGCGAAGGAGGCACCUCCAAAUCUUGCCCAGGUUCUUGAUCAAGCCAUCUCUAUUGUGUCAUUUAGAGUUGAAGACCAUGUGGAAUAA